CUCCAACCUCAGGCAUCAACAAUAAUCCAAUUUUCCCUUUCUCAAUUUCCCAAAACAGCCGAGAUCUCAUCCUCAGCCGAGACCUCGUCUAACCCAUUCCAUUCCAUUCCUUCACGUUAUCAUUUUUAAUUCAAUCGCAAAUGCACUCGUUACCAAUAUUGUCUUUAUUCACUCUUUUCUCUUCCGCGCACGCCUCAUACGUUCAGUUCAAGGACUGCAGUGUCCCAUCCUCAUCAGCAUAUUCCUACUCCCCAGACAGUCUAGACGUGUAUCUUGACCAGCGCAGCAAUGGAACUACAACGCUUAAUCUUGCAAUAGCCGGGAAUUAUCCAGACUUGGCUUCGUGUCGGAGAUCGCUGCUUGGCAACGCCUCUGUCGAGUUGAGCCUCGAGGCCCUGGGCGGGACGACGCGCUACAACGGCGAGGUUCGGAAUGCGACGUGUCGGACCAGGGAGUUUAAGCAGAUCAACAGGGUUUGGCACUUGCAGUAUCUCGACGUCCUGUUCUGGAUAAAUGAUCCGAAACCGCUGGCGGCGUAUGAGUUUGAGAUCAACAUUGAUGCUCCGGAUCAUUUCUCAGUGGCGUGUCUGAAUGGCUUCCUGACGCCGGAUAUUGGAUACAGUGCCCAGGAGAUUUCAUUCUGGGUACCGGCGCUUACCUUUAUUCUGGUUGUUUUGGCAGCUGUCGGGAAAGAAUGGUAUAAUCUCGUGCAUCCUUUACGAGAAGAUGAUGAGUCUGGGCAGGAGAGGAGUAUAAGCCGGUCUCAUCUCACGCGCAUCGCCGAUUGUUUGGCGUAUAUACAAUUCAUCUUCUUUUCCAGCGCGCUCAGCCUCCGACAGCCUGGAUUUCUGCAACCGGUGGUUAGUUCGACGAGCUGGUCUACCCUCAUGACCCGACGGGGUAUUGUUUGGCGACAUUCGCUGUACUAUGGUAUUCGCGACGGGAUACACGAGAUCAACGGCACGUUUGGCGGGACUUCGGGGCUGGAGCACAUGACGCAGGUGAUGGGGGCCCCAGUGACAGUGGAAACCUGGACAAACAUCGCGACGCUGGCGGCGGUCAUUCUCGUGCUGUUGUACGCGGUAAUUCAGGCUGGUCUUCAUUUGCGAUGGACGCGCGAUUGGUUUCAGCAGUCAGGAAGAUGGAUGAUUGACAGGAGUUCGAAACCGCAUAAAGCUACGAUCUGGGUCGCUUUACGAGUCUACCUGAGUUAUCUACUUCUCCCGCUCACGGCUUGGACGACAUAUCAACUUGACAGCGCCAGCGCUCGCCCCGUUUACUAUACAAUCCUCGUCAUCGUGGUGGUUGCGUUGUUGAUUAUUGGGUGCUGGUGGGGAAUGUCGCGGAGUCCCCAAGACAUGGGGUAUUUACUGGUCGACAAUCUUCACAAGCAGACACCCGAGGAACCGUCACGAACGCAGGACUAUUACAGCUAUGUCACCUUCAUUCUUCUUUUCGCUCGGGGCGUUAUAAUCGGUGGAUUGCAGCGUUUCGGAACCGUUCAGUUGUUUUCGCUCAUGGCUUGUGAGGUCAUUCAACUGGGUUUCCUUGCUUGGGUUGGCGCGACAUCUGAGCUGCUUUCUAAGCCAGUCUUGAUCGCUGGCGCGCGACUUUCAGUGCUUCUUCUCUUUUUGGGAAUGAUUCCUGAUUUGUGGACUCAUAUUGCUGCGAGUGCGCUUGGUUAUGUUUUGCUAGCAUUCCAUGCUCUGUUCUUGGUUGGCAUGUUUCUUGUUCCCUCAGCUUAUGAGUCUACCCGUCUUGGAGUCACCUGCUACAAUGAAUGGCAGACUCCUCAACAACCUGCCGGCGACUCUUCGCUCGAGCGACCUCAGGUUUACGGCCUUCGCCAACUCUCAAGACGUCCAACGACAAGAACAGACUUGACGAACCAAAGCAUCAUGAAUCACGACAGAAGCAGCAGCCUCUCAAGCUCAGCAAACUCCUCUUCCGACUCCGCCAACAGAUCCUCCCGUGGUUCAGAACCCGUAUCCCCCGAACUCCUUCGCACAUACUUCCGCUCUCCCCGCCCCGAGCGAUCCGUAUCAAGCCUCUCUGGCAGAAGUCAAUUCGACUCACCACGUGCAUCACGCUCUUCACCACGCCACCAACAAUUCCCAUCUUUUGACACCACGCGCCCACCGACAGUUUAUGAAAAUCCUACGGAGAGGAAUUCUGUUGGUUCGAGUUUGAGUACGGAUAGUGGUGAUUGCGGAGAGGCGCCGUCUGCGUGGUCGGCGAUAUUACCGUCGAACACGAAUGUAGAUUAUUCGUUUAGGGAAACGGAUUUGUAUUAUCAUAAGCCGAGGGAGGUGUCGUUUGGGAAUAAUGGUGGUGGUGGUGGUGGUGGUAAUGAGAGCCGGGGACAGGCGUCGGGUUGGGCGGGAAAACUCAAGUUUUGGUCAUGAUAAUCUAUGUAAUUUAUUUUUCUUUGUGUCGGCUGGGAAAAAAAGGCUUUGGGAGCGACUGAGAUUUAGGAAUGCUAAAAUUAAUGAGUACUGAUUCAUAUAUCGA